GGGGACGGAGAGAGCAGCGCGCCAGGGGCUGGCCACUGCGCGCGGGGGCGGCGGAGCGCGGCGGCCCGGGGAGGUCCACGCGGGCGCACUACAGCAGGUCGACAGUGUGAUGCGGCAGCGCUCAGUCUGUUGAGCUGCAGGUCCGGUGAUGUCCCAGAGGGAGAGCGCUGGACGCCGCAGCUCGGAGGCUUCAUCCCCGAAACGCCCCUGCGGACCGGAUGGUGCCGAAAACAUGACGCGGGCUCUCUCCAUCCUCGCUUACCUCCUCUCCCUGGUUCACUGUAGCAGCGGUGCCGACUCCGAGGAGCGGCUCAUGAACUGGUUGCUGGGAAAAGAGCGCUACAAUCUGCUCAUCCGGCCGGCAGUCAACAGGACCGAGAGAGUCACAGUGAAGCUCCAAGUGUCUCUGGCACAGCUCAUCAGCGUGAAUGAAAGAGAACAGAUUAUGACCACAAACGUCUGGCUCACUCAGCACUGGGUGGACUACAGGUUAUCGUGGGACCCUGCCAAGUAUGAAGGAAUCGACAAGCUGCGUAUUCCAUCCAGGCACAUCUGGCUCCCCGAUAUCGUUCUUUACAACAAUGCUGACGGUACCUAUGAGGUGACGGUCUUCACGAAUGCCAUUGUUCUUUUCAAUGGCAGCAUCAACUGGCUUCCUCCAGCCAUCUACAAAAGCGCCUGUAAGAUCGAGGUGAAGCAUUUUCCCUUCGACCAGCAGAACUGCACCCUCAAGUUCCGCUCUUGGACGUACGACCACACCGAGAUCGACCUGAUCUUGAAGACCGGGGCAGCGAGUAUGGACGAUUUCACUCCCAGUGGGGAGUGGGAUAUCCUGGCACUUCCAGGCAGACGGACUGUCAGCCCUCUGGAUCCCACCUAUGUGGAUCUCACGUACGACUUCAUCAUCAAGAGAAAGCCCCUUUUCUAUACCAUAAACCUAAUAAUUCCCUGUGUUUUGAUCACCUCUCUGGCCAUCCUGGUCUUCUACUUGCCUUCGGACUGCGGAGAGAAGAUGACCCUCUGCAUCUCCGUCCUCUUGGCUCUCACUGUGUUCCUGCUUUUGAUCUCCAAGAUUGUUCCUCCGACCUCGCUCGACGUGCCCCUUAUCGGCAAGUACCUGAUGUUCACCAUGGUGCUGGUGACCUUCUCCAUCAUCACCAGCGUGUGUGUGCUCAACGUGCACCACCGCUCUCCCAGCACCCACACCAUGCCCUCCUGGGUCAAGCUGAUCUUUCUCAUCAAACUGCCCGCCUUACUCUUCAUGAGACGCCCGCACAAUAACUCCGCUGGCCAGCGACUUCGCCAACAGCGGUGCCUGCGGGCGAGGAGAGCCAUUUUGGGUUUGGGUUACCCAGUAGCACCCAAAGUGGGCAUUAACACGUCAUCGUCUGCCCUGCUGUCCUCUGACUCCACCUUCUCCACCCCGGGACACAAAAAUGUAGCUGCUUCAAUGGGCUACAGCCACUUCAACAGGAAGGAGGAGUUGCGCUCCAAAGAUCACCUUCCCGCUGGUUUCACUUCCAACAAGGAGCACCAGCAGAGGAGCACCUCGGAUUGGGCUGCUGAUGUGCAGGAGGCGGUGAACGGAGUUCGCUUUGUGGCUGAGCACAUGAUGGGAGAUGAUGAUGACCAGAGUGUCAUCGAAGAUUGGAAGUAUGUGGCCAUGGUGGUGGACCGUAUGUUCCUGUGGAUCUUUGUGAUCGUGUGUGUGGUGGGCACCCUGGGGCUGUUCCUCCAGCCUCUCUUCCAGAGCCACAGUAUUCCCAACCAGCAGCACAGCUCGGAGACUCCUCGCAUCUGAUGAAAAGGAGAGACGGAGCAACUUUAGUGUCUUUAAUUUAGCUCCUAGUGCUUUGUUGGCAGGGAGCAGGGGCACUGACAUCUGUCCCGUCUGCAACAAAUCCCACCAAUGAGGCCCCAUGUGUGGGUUGCAGGCCAAUUUCUUUUCUUUUUUUUUUAAAUGGAAACACUUGUUCUUUACAGAAGUGAAUCACACAGGCUCCCGGUGUGAGAUAAAGAAUUGGCAAAAUCGAAAUCGUUCAUCGGCAAGUGACCGAUUGCGGAAUCAUUGCUUUGAGGUUGCAUUCCCCUUCUACAUUUACAAAGGACUGCUCAAGAGCCGGACGGCACUCAAAGUAUGCAAACAUAAUACGUGUUGAACUGUUGCAGGAAUAUAACCAACGUUACAGAGGAUAGGAAUGACAUUUGUCUCCUGUCAAAUGUUGUUUAACCCCUUAUUUGGGUUCAUUUAUAUUACCAUAUCAUUAAAAUGUGACGUGUGAUUAAAGAAUUAAAGAAUAAACAGAAAUAAAUCAGUGUCCUCUUUCAGUUUGAUUAAAAUGCAUGAAAUCCCCUACAAAGUCUGAACAUUGUCAGGGUCUUGCCAAAGUGCUAUAGUGAUAUAAUUUGUCCUGGGAGCCGGAAAACAUUGGCCGCGGAUGUGCCAAUUGGAUCAUUUUCAUCACAAACAUUAGACAGCCGCUCACUUUGAAUGUGACAACGUGGGACCAGGCCAAAAGAUGAUGUUGACACAACAAAACCAUUGGACUUGGAGCCGAUCUUUACCGCGAUGUCUCAGGGCCGUGUCCUUUUGCUGUAGCGAUAAUCACUCGUAUACAGGCGGGCCGGUGAAGGCACACUGCAGUUAACCGCUCGAUAAACAGUGCUGAGUGGGCUCGUUAGAGAUUCUGCCGACCGCCGGUUCUUUUUGUGAGACCUUGGUUUAAAAUCAAGAGAUAGCAAUCAGUGUUAAUGACCAGGCUUGCUUGACUUUAAUCUCUGUCUGCAGCUUUCAGACAGAGAUUGCGUUUUAUUUUUCCACUCACCUGUUGAUGUCCUGCCUGUUAGUGAGGAGAGACGACGCAGUGCCACAGCUUAUCCAUCAGUAAUCCAUCAUCUGUUGCAAAUCCUAGUAAAGGUGGUGGUGGUGGGGUCCUCAUUCAACACCCAGUGGAAGGUCCCAUAAAUCACAAGCCUUGUGUCAUUAGUCCUUAACAAGAGAUGUAUUGGAGGGUUGUUCUGAGACUUGCCUCGCCGCCAAGUGGCAGUCGCUUCGAAGCCGGGACUCUUGACUGAAAGCUCAUCCACUGCACGUCCACCUACACCUGCAACCAGCAUCCGUGUUGUAAGCAGUCUAGGCCUCUCGCACACGCAAGCAUUUAUUUGUUUCCGACAAGGCUUUAUCCCGAAUAUAGAUAUCUUGAAAGUGCAGAUUUAGUCGAAAUGAACCUUUGUCACGCCAUGUCUUUUUAAAUCUACAAGAUGACCUUUGCAGCAUCAUUUGUGAUGAAGUCUUGUGCCGUUGUGAGAAAGAUUCCUGAAGCUCAA